CAGCCGGGCGGCGGGAGCAGCGCAGGGCGGGCCGGGCUCCAUGGCGCCAGCGGCGUCCGCUUGAGCGGCACGGGCAGCGGCGGGCGGCGGGCGACGGGCCGCGGCUUUGGCUCGCCAUGGGGGACGUGCUGUCCACGCACCUGGACGACGCGCGGCGCCAGCACAUCGCAGAGAAAACCAGGAAGACCCUGACGGAGUUCCUGCGCUUCUACGAGGCCCAGUAUGGCGUGGCGCUCUUCCACAGCAAGCGGCACGAGAUCGAGGGCACCGGGCCCCCGCAGGCGCAGCUGCUCUGGCGGAAGGUGCCCCUGGAGGAGCGCAUCAUCUUCUCGGGGAACCUUUUCCAGUACCAGGAGGACAACAAGAAGUGGAGGAACCGCUUCAGCCUGGUGCCCCACAACUACGGGCUGAUCCUCUACGAGAACAAAGUGGCCUAUGAGCGCCAGAUCCCGCCCCGCGCCAUCAUCAACAGCGCCGGCUACCGGAUCCUCACCUCCGUGGACCAGUACCUGGAGCUGGUGGGCCACUCCUUACCAGGCACCACGUCCAAAGCGGGCAGCGCGCCCAUCCUCAAGUGCCCCACGCAGUUUCCGCUCAUCCUCUGGCACCCGUGGGCGCGCCACUACUACUUCUGCAUGAUGACCGAGGCCGAGCAGGACAAGUGGCAGGCCGUGCUGCGCGACUGCAUCCGCCACUGCAACAACGGGAUCCCCGAGGAGGCCAAGGUGGAGGGCCCCGCGUUCACCGACGCCAUCCGCAUGUUCCGGCAGUCCCGGGAGCAGUACGGCACGUGGGACAUGCUGUGCGGGAACGAGGUGCAGAUCCUGAGCAACCUGGUGAUGGAGGAGCUGGGCCCCGAGCUGAAGGCGGAGCUGGGCCCGCGGCUGAAGGGGAAGCCCCAGGAGCGGCAGCGCCAGUGGAUCCAGAUCUCCGAUGCCGUCUACCGCCUGGUGUACGAGCAGGCCAAGGAGCGCUUCGACGAGGUGCUGGCCAAGCUGCAGCAGGCGCGGCCGGCCAUGGAGGCGGUCAUCCGCACCGACAUGGACCAGAUCAUCACCUCCAAGGAGCACCUGGCCAGCAAGAUCCGAGCUUUCAUCCUCCCCAAGGCCGAGGUGUGCGUCCGCAACCACGUGCAGCCGUACCUGCCGUCCAUCCUGGAGGCCCUCAUGGUGCCCACCAGCCAGGGCUUCACCGAGGUGCGGGACGUGCUCUUCAAGGAGGUGACGGACAUGAACCUGAACGUCAUCAACGAGGGCGGCAUCGACAAACUGGGCGAGUACAUGGAGAAGCUGUCCCAGCUGGCCUUCCACCCGCUCAAGAUGCAGAGCUGCUACGAGAAGAUGGAGCCGCUGCGGCUGGACGGGCUGCAGCAGCGUUUCGACGUGUCCAGCACGGCCGUGUUUAAGCAGCGGGCACAGAUCCUGAUGCGGGAGCAAAUGGACAACGCGGUGUACACCUUCGAGACGCUGCUGCACCAGGAGCUGGGGAAGGGGCCCACCAAGGAGGAGCUGUGCAAGUCCAUCCAGCGCAUCCUGGAGCGGGUGCUGAAGAAGUACGACUAUGACAGCAGCACCGUGCGGAAGCGCUUCUUCCGGGAAGCCCUGCUGCAGAUCACCAUCCCCUUCCUGCUCAAGAAGCUGGCGCCCACCUGCAAGUCGGAGCUGCCCCGCUUCCAGGAGCUGAUCUUCGAGGACUUUGCCAGGUUCAUCCUCGUGGAGAACACGUACGAGGAGGUGGUGCUGCAGACGGUCAUGAAGGACAUCCUGCAAGCCGUGAAGGAAGCCGCCGUGCAGCGCAAGCACAACCUCUACCGGGACAGCAUGGUCAUGCACAACAGCGACCCCAACCUGCACCUGCUGGCCGAGGGCGCCCCCAUCGACUGGGGCGGCGAGUACGGGGGCGGCGGGGACGACGCGGGCAGCCCCGGCACCCCGGAAGCGGCCGCGCUCUCGGAGAAGCGGCGACGCGCCAAGCACGUGGUGUCGCUGGUGCAGGAGGAGGAGGAGGCGGCGGCGGCGGCGCUGUCCUUCGAGGCCAGCCCGGAGCCCGCGUCGCCGGCGUCCCCGGACAGUGUCACGGAGAUCCGGGGCCUGCUGGCCCGGGAUCAGCAGGCCGACAGCCCCGCGCCGGCCGGGCCCCUGCUCAACGGGGCGCCCGCCCAGGAGAGCGCGCGACCCCCGGCGGCGCCCGCGCCCUCCGCCUCGCCCCCCGCCUCGCCCCUCCGGCACCUCCCGCCUGCCAAGGCCCCCAGCCUCGAGAGCCCCAAGCCCAGCGACCAGGAGACGGGGGAGCAGGUGUCCGGCCCCGGCAGCCGUCCCCCCAUCCACACCACCACCGAGGACAGUGCCGGGGUGCAGACUGAGUUCUAGGCUUCCCGGCUUCCGGGGACACCGUGGCGGGGUG